CCCGCCCUCCUCCUCCUUCUCCUCCUCCUUCUUCUCCUGCUGCUGCUGCUGCUGCGGGCGGACGUCCGGCCGCCAUGGCGCUGGCAGAGGCGGGGGCGCGAGCGCGGCUGCUGCCGUGGCCGCGCGUGGUGCUCUUCGGGGACUCCAUCACUGAGUUCUCCUUCCAGGAAGGCGGCUGGGGAGCGUCCCUCGCUAGCAGGCUGGUCAGAAAAUGUGAUGUUGUAAACCGUGGGUUCUCGGGGUACAACACCAGAUGGGCUAAAGUCAUCCUUCCAAGGCUGAUCAGUAAAAGUGCUGCUGCUGAGAGUACUGUUGCCAUUACUAUUUUCUUUGGAGCUAAUGACAGUGCUUUGAGAGAUGUGAACCCUAAGCAGCAUGUUCCUUUGGAGGAAUACGCCGCCAACUUGACGAGCAUGGUGCACUACCUGAAGUCCGUAGACAUCACUGAGGACAGGAUAAUUCUGAUAACACCACCCCCUCUUCAGGAAUCAGCCUGGGAAAAGGAGUGCCUUGCCAAAGGUGACAAGCUGAAUCGCCGCAAUGCCACCACUGGGGAGUACGCGCGGGCCUGCGUUCAAGUGGCGAGGGACUGCGGGACCGAUGUGCUCGACCUGUGGACACUGAUGCAGAAAGAGCAGGAUUUUUCUUGCUAUCUGUCUGACGGGCUUCACUUAUCAGCAAAAGGGAAUGACUUCGUAGUAGGACAACUCUGGGCACAGCUGGAAAAGAGACUCUCAGCUCUCCCUUCCUUGCUGCCUUACUGGCAGGACGUGGACGCCCAGAACCCUGAGGCGAGCCUGCUGUGAGGUGCCCUGCUCCUGCUGAGGGCACUGGAGAUGCAAGUGGACUGGCCGCUCGCUGAUCCUUUCUUCCAGUGAAGACUGGCUAAGGGCUGGAAAGGCCGCGGGAUGGAAGCCGUCACCUGCCUGCUGCAGCUGUUCACAACAAACAGUGCAAGUGUGUGCCUGGCAGGCUCUGCAAUAGGGGUGUGGGAGGGUGGACGUCUGCCCCCUGGCAGCCCCCAGCUCCUGGGCUCUGAGCUGGAGAGUUCACAUCUUUUCUGAAAGGACAGCACGGACACAGCUUUUCUUUAAUUGAUUUUAAUAUAAAAAGCUUUUACUGUACUGGGAAUUAAAUAACUCCUCACACGUGUACUUUGCACUGAAUAAAAAAAAAAUAAACACAAAACCAACAACA